AUGCAGCAGAGUGUUGGUGAUGAUUUGAUGCGAUUGUUUUGGCGGUUGUGGUUGGAAUACGACAAAGAUGGCUUAGUCGACUUGACUGUUGCAAAAAGGGCUGUGAUUAUGGCAACCCAUACGCGGUGGUCCCUGCAUGUGUUGGCAGAGGUCAUUUCUUGGCUGAUACUGAGAUUGGUUCAGAAGAUGAGCUCUGCAAAAACAGUUGGUUUUGGCAAUGGAUACCUGACUUUCACUGUCUGCAUGUGGGUUUCAAGGUUUUCCUGCAAGUCCUUGGGAAAGAUUUCUGGCUACAUAUCGCAAAUGAGUGAUGUUUGGUUCGAAGGUUUGCUUCAUGGGGAGUUGAAGGUGAUGAAGGAUUUGGGAGGAACAUAUGGUCGACCAGGUCAAGGAUCAAAGUGA